AUGCACCCAAUGCGUCGCUUGUUGCGCCCCUCGUUUACCCGAAGCUCCGUGCUACCUCAGCUCUUACCCCUCAACCGCUUUGCCUCUCACCGAUUGUUUGCCCUCCAUUACAGAAACUUCUCCUUUUCUCAAUCCCGUCGAGCCACUAUGGAUGCCAACGCCAAACAGCAUUAUUUCGCAGAUAACCCGCCCACUGUAGUGAGACUAGAAAUCAAGUCUCACUUUGAUACCCUUAAAGAUGAUAGCCUGCGCAAAUACGCUCAUUACAUGAGCCGGGCUGCUUUCGAAGGUACCCGUAUCACCUUGCGCCAGGUCUCUCCCGAAUCAGAAGCCAUCUAUGAUCUUAUCCUCGCCCUUCACGAUUCCUGCGACGGUGACUGGAACGCCUUAGCCCAGAAAACCAAAGUGAGCGAUGAAGACCUCCAGUUCUUCCUCGAAUAUGCCGCUCAGUUCUUGGGUAACUGCGGUAACUACAAAGGUUUUGGCGACUCGAAAUUUAUUCCUCGUCUGUCAGCCUCUAGCUUCGAGGCUUUGGCUUCUAGCACUCCAGAGACGAAGGCUGCUUUCCAGAAGGCAAGCAGCACUGGAGGUGGCAUAUAUGAGACGAGCGAACAGUCCUUAAUGCAUCUCGGAUACCCCACAGGUGGCCACAUGACCACAUACUACCCCGAUUCGCCUUCUAUCACCAAAGAUGAAAUUAUCGCCAUUGGAGACUUGAUGGAGAAGAAGGGACUGGCACUGGAGAAUACAAGACUGCGCAAGACUUCCUCGGGCGACUUUGAGCUCUUGAUUGCCGGUGGGGUUACCAACCCUCCCGUGAAGGAUCGUGAUCUUGGAGAGACAACUAGCUUUGUGUUGGAGGGAGCUCUUAAGGGCAAGACUGUGCAGCUUGUCUUUGGGGAUUAUCAAGAAGAGAUGUCCAAAAUUGCUCACAGCAUCAAGCAGGCUGGUCUUAACGCGGCCAAUGAUAACCAGAAGCGUAUGUUGGAUGCAUACGCUCUGUCUUUUGGUUCAGGAUCAAUUGAAGCUUUCAAGGAAAGCCAGCGCAUCUGGGUCAAGGAUCAGAAGCCCGCCUUAGAGACUAACUUGGGGUUCGUCGAGACAUACCGGGAUCCCCACGGUGUGCGCGGAGAAUGGGAAGGCUUUGUCUCUCUGGUCAACCUGGAGCGGACACGUGCGUUCGGUGCUCUAGUCGAUAGCGCCGAAAGCAUGAUCCCCAAGCUACCAUGGGGCAAGGACUUUGAGAAGGACAAGUUUCUGAGCCCCGACUUUACAUCUCUUGAAGUCUUGAGCUUUGCAGGUUCGGGUAUCCCCGCGGGUAUAAAUCUCCCCAACUAUGAUGAUAUCCGCCAGAAUUUGGGCUUCAAGAACGUGUCUUUGGGCAAUGUUCUGAGUGCUAAGGCUCCCAAUGAGGACAUUCCAUUCAUUACCGAGAAUGAUCAAGAAGUUUACCGCCGUUGUCGCGACCCUGCCUUUGAGGUACAGGUCGGCAUCCAUGAGUUGCUUGGACAUGGCACAGGCAAGCUGCUGCAGGAGACAGCACCCGGAGAAUACAACUUUGAUAUUUCCAACCCACCCAUAAGCCCGGUUACUAACAAUCCUGUAUCAACAUGGUACAAACCCGGACAGACUUGGAGCUCUGUCUUCGGGGCCAUUGCCUCUUCGUACGAAGAGUGCCGAGCCGAGUGUGUUGCCAUGGUGCUGGGAUGUGAUUUUGAAAUCUUGAAGAUCUUCGGUUUUGGCAACGGUAAAGAGGACAUGACAGGCGAGGCUGGUGAUGUUCUCUUUGCAGCAUACUUGCAAAUGGCCCGUGCUGGUUUGGUUGCCCUGGAAUUCUGGGAUCCCAAGACUCAGAAAUGGGGCCAGGCUCACAUGCAGGCUCGGUACAGUAUUCUGCGUACUUUCCUCAGUGCUGGUGAUGACUUUGUGAAGCUAUCCUACACCAAGGAGGACUUGUCCGAUCUGGAGAUCAACCUUGAUCGAUCCAAGAUCUUGUCUCAUGGCCGACCUGCUGUUGAAAAGUACCUGCAAAAGUUGCAUGUGUACAAGAGCACUGCCGAUAUCGAGGCAGGUAAAGGACUGUAUGAUGAUAUCACAUCAGUGGACUCAUUCUUUGAAUUUUUGCGGGAAGUCGUGUUGAAGAACAAAGUGCCUCGCAAGAUCUUUGUGCAGGCCAACACCAUCCUUGAAGGAGACAAGGUUACUCUUAAAGAGUAUGAGGCUACUUUGGAAGGUGUCAUUCAGAGCUACGUUGACCGUAAGGUCUAA